UUCCAUAAAACAAGAACAAAAAUACGUCACCUCCCACUCUCUGGCGAGCGUCAAAGGGAAAGGAAAACAGAGAGAAAAAAAAGAAAAAUCAGAGCUCUGUGAAGAUUCAAACCUAAAUCGAAACCAGAGAUGGGCAAAGAUCUGAGCAAUGAUCAGAAAUCCUCCAUGAGAGAGGCCUUCACCCUCUUCGACACCGACGGCGAUGGCCGGAUCGCCCCAUCGGAGCUCGGGAUCCUAAUGCGUUCUCUCGGCGGCAACCCCACUCAAGCCCAACUCAAAGCCAUUAUCGCCGAGGAGAAUCUUACUGCUCCCUUUGAUUUCACUCGCUUCCUCGAGAUCAUGUCCAAACACAUGAAGCCCGAGUCCUUCGAUCGCCAGCUUCGCGACGCCUUCAAGGUUCUCGACAAGGACAACACCGGCUACGUCCUGGUGUCCGAGCUCCGACACAUUUUGACUAGUAUAGGUGAGAAGCUGGAGCCGUCGGAGUUCGAUGAGUGGAUUCGAGAAGUGGAGGUUGGACCGGAUGGUAAAAUUCGGUAUGAGGAUUUCAUUGCUCGAAUGGUGGCCAAAUGAGGAGGGAAGUUAUGGAAAAUUGGUUUUGUGUGCUUUACUCGACUGCUUUCUGAAGUAAUUUGUGGCGAUCUUUGUUGUUUCUCUUUUUUCCCUUUUCUUUCCAAUUUCUGUUGAUUGGUUUCAGAUUACAAAACUUGCUUGGAUUUUGGUGGGAUGGAUGCGGGUGAUGUUCGCAUACUUCCCCAAGUAAUGCUAAUAUUAUUUGGAAAGAUUUAGGAUUAUAAUGGGAUGAAUAUGUGUGGAUGGAUUCGAGGUGUAUUGAAAACUGUGGUUUUCUGGGUAUCUUAGGAUCUGUUGAUUUGUAUGUGUUUCAUAGCUUAAAUUGCUAAAAAUGGUUAGCUUCUUCCGCAA